AUGGCGCUCAAGACGGGCAUGUUGGUGGGGAUCGUGGGGACGGGGGACAUGGGCGUGCUCAUCCAGAUCCGCGCGUCCUCCAACACGUGCGUCAUCAAGCUCAACAACGGCACGCUCAAGAAGAACGUGCCGUUGGAGGACGUCGAGGAAGCCAAGGAUAUGAGCGACACCAAGGAGAAAAGGUCCCCCAUUCGCCUCGGUGGGGCCGCGGACUCUCCGGGGAAAUCCCCCGGCAAACUCGCGUCGCUGUCGGUCGACACGAGGCGAAGUACCGAUAAACUCAAGACGUCGUCGGCGCUGGACGUCGGGGACGCGGUCCGCGCGAGGUGCAACGGCGGCAGUCGCUGGUUCCCCGGCAAAAUCCUCAAAGUGCAUCGAGACGGCACGUACGACGUGGAAUAUGACGACGGGGACAUUGAGCGGAAAAUGGCGGCGGCGGACAACGGAGGGUUUCGAGUGGAUCAGAGCGUCAAAGCGCGGUACAAAGGAGGCAAGAAGCUGUUCGCUGGGAAGAUCAAGCGCGUCCACAGCGACGGCACGUACGACAUUCUAUACGAAGACGGAGACGAAGAGAAGCGAGUCAAGGCUGAGAAUAUUGAGGCUACGGGUGACCCCAAGGCUAAUAAUGAUGAGGAUCGGAAACCCACGAAAGGAAAAGGACCUUCCUCUUCGAAGGCGCUUAGUGUUGGGAAGAAGGUGAAGGCGCGGUACAAGAAGGGGAAGCGUCUGUACCCUGGCAAGAUCAGCAGGGUGCGGUCCGACGGCACGUACGAUAUCGACUACGACGACGGAGAGAUUGAAACGCGCGUUGACGCCAAUCUGAUUGAAGUCAGCGACGACGAAGACGACAUGUUUGCGGAUUCCGAUGACGACAAGAAGCGCGCGCCUGCUAGCAAGAAGAAAGCAGGCUGGGAAGUCGGGGAUCGGGUGAAGGCGUACUAUGGGAAGGGGAAACGUUUGUUCCCAGGGAAAAUCAUGAAGGUUCACAUGAAUGGGACGUACGACAUCAGGUAUGAGGAUGGAGACUCAGAGUCUCGAGUGGAGGCCAGCUAUAUCGAAUCGGCAGAGCCCGGUGGCAAGGACAGGGAGAGGGACAAUGCGAUAAAGGCUGAAGAGAGUCCGAAAACUAGCUCAAAGGCCCCUACAAGACGCUCCUUACGCGUAGGCGACAGCGUGAAGGCAAAAUACAAGCGCGGGACGCGGUUCUUCAACGGAAAAAUCACUCGCGAGCGGAUGGACGGCACUUUUGACAUCAAGUACGAGGACGGUGACGUCGAGGAGCGAGUGGAGGUGGACUUCAUCCAGCGCGUCGACGAUAUAGAAGAUGACGAUGAUCAACCGAAGAAGGCGAAGAAGAUAUCGUUUGAAGUUGGCGACGUGGUCAAAGCCCCCUUCCAGAGAGGAGUUAAGCUGUUUCGAGGCAAAAUCUCUCGGGUUCGUAGCGAUGGGACCUACGAUAUCGUGUUCGAUGAUGGUGACAGAGAUAGCAACGUUCCAGGCGACCUCAUUCAGGCUGAGGAAGAGCUAGAUAUUCGUGAGGAGAUGCCCAAGAAAGUGACUUUGAAAGUCGGUGAUGCUGUCAAAGCUAGGUACAAGAAAGGCAAGAAGUUGUGCGCUGGUACCGUGACUCGAGUUCGUAGCGAUGGGACGUACGAUAUCAAAUACGACGACGGAGACGUCGAGAUGCGAGUGGAACUCGAAAUGAUUGAGGCCCCCGAGGACAAAUCACGAGACGAUGACGAUAGACAAAAGUCUCCAAAGCCUAAAAAGAGUCUGAAAGUCGGAGACAAAGUGCGCGCUAGAUACAACAAAGGCAGCAAGCUGUUCAACGGUGAGAUCACUGCUGCCCACCGCGACGGCACGUUCGAUAUCCGAUACGACGAUGGCGACAAGGAGAAGUACGUCGACGCCAAAGACAUCGAGGCAGCUGAAGACGAGAGCGAGUCGCAAUCGCCCAAAAAGAGCCCCAACACGCUCAAAGUGGGGGACGCCGUCGAAGCCAACUACAAGAACGGCGUCAAGAUGUUCCCCGGCAAGAUCGCACGCGUCCACUCCGACGGCACGUACGAUGUCACGUUUGAAGACGGCGACUCGGACCGUCGAGUACCGAGGUCCCGCAUCAAAUCCAGAGCGGAGGAACCCAUCAGCUCACCGAAGAAGAAAACGGGUUUCGCAGUUGGAGAUGCUGUCAAGGCCAAGUACAAGAAAGGAACCAAGUUCUUCCCUGGCAAAAUCGCUCGAGUUCGGUCUGACGGCUCGUACGACGUUGAGUACGACGACGGCGACUCGGAAACUCGAGUGGACGCGUCUCUGAUCAUUGGCGUGGAGCCGGAGACUGCGAAAGCGAGCGAGAACUCCCCCGAAGUCCCGACUAAAGCCAAGCGCUUUGAGGUUGGGGACGUGAUCAGGGCGCGAUACAAGAAGGGGGCGAAGCUGUUCCCGGGCAAAAUCACUCGAGUGAGAGCAGACGGCACGUACGAUAUACGGUACGAUGAUGGGGAUACCGAGAUGUACGUCGAGAGCUCCUUCAUUGAAGGGGAAGAGAAGAAGUCAAAAUCACUGGAGGCAGCAGACGACAAGAAGUCGGCAGCUUUUGCCGUGGGUGAUAAGGUGAACGCGAGAUACAAAGGUGGGAUGAAGGCGUUCCCGGGGAAGAUUACCAAGGUUCGGCUGGACGGCAGCUAUGAUGUCGAAUAUGAUGACGGGGAUAGGGAGGAACGCGUCAAGAGCUCGGCUAUCGAGUUGGUAGCUGGAGCCAAGAAGCCUGAGGCCAAGGCGAGCAUGGAAAAAGACGGCAUCUUUGGGGAUUCAGAUUCGGAUGGAAAGAGCAAGAAGAAGGGGAACGAUAAGAAGAGCGGGACGGUCAAAGUUGGGGACGUUGUCGAGGCGAAUUUCAAGCGAAAAGGCAAGUUUCAUCGUGGCAAAGUUGUGCGCGCGAGGUCGGACGGUACUUUCGACAUUGAAUAUGACGUCGGAGCUUCGGAAAAGCAUGUGCGUCUGGAGGAUAUCAAAACGGUCGGUGGCAACCAAGAGAAGAGCAAUGAAAGCGGCGAUGAUGCAAAGAAGAAGACGAAACCAAAGUCUUCCGGUGCUCAUUCUUCCGACUCGGAUCGAGAAUCAUCGACAAAGAAGAAGAAGGAGAAAAGCACAAAGAAGCCGAAGAAACUUUCGUCUUCAGAGUCGUCCGGGUCGGAUCGUGAGGAACGAGCUCCUUUGAAGAAGGGGAGUCGAGUCACGUAUCGGAAGGCGGAGGACAAGAAGACCCGCCGUGUGGGGACGGUUCGAAAAGUGCACUCAGACGGCAGCUGCGACGUCAAAUACGACGACGGUGACACGUCAAAGCGGAUUGCGAGAAAGUUGCUGGUCGUUUGCUCCGACUCGGAGGAUUCGGAUGAUGUAUCUACGACGAAGAAGCGGCGUCAAAAUGGAGAAGGCCCCACCUUCCGUCGACACGAGCGCGUUCUGUCGAACUGGUGGCGAUCGAGCAAACUGUCGAAGCCUCGGAUGACUGACAAGUGGAGCAAGGCCACGGUGCUUGAGAAGAAUGGUGACGGCACCUACACGAUUCGGUAUAGCGAUGGAGUUGUCGAAGAAGAUGUGCCGUCAGAAGCGCUGAAAGUUGCCAAGAAGGAUAAAGACUCGGACUCAGACGACAGUUCAGGGCGGAGCGACGCAGCAGGUCGGAGACGAAAGCGUAAACUGCACCGAAGGACCGACGGGAUCAGCACCGAGUCGCUCUUUCUGCUGGAGCAACUUGCAUUGACGCUUUUUGAGGAGGGGGUUCUGAAGAAGAAGCCAAAGGUUCAUCAGCUUAAGAGCGACGCAGACAGCUCCAGCUCCUCGUCGUCUUCCUCAUCAUCGUCUAGUACUGAAAGUGGACCGGGAUCUUCAAAGUCCAGCUCAAGAAACAACAUCGACAAGGUGCUAAAAAGAUUGCUCGAGUCGAGUACCCUAAAAGCGUAUCGACAAAUGUUCAAAGAAAAUGACGUCAAGGGCUCAGGAAAAAUAUCCCGAAGCAGGAUCAUCGCACUCGUAGAAGAGUUCAUGGCAGCAUCCAAGUCAGCCAAAGACAGCGGUCGAGGGAAUCAAAACGCAAACCGAAUCGAUGGCGACUCCAACUCGGUCAGCCACAUUCUGACGGAAUGGUUCGCGACGCACGACGAUCUGCGAACACACCGCCACUUCGAGUUCAAGACGCUCAUGCUGGCGUUCGCGUACGCUAAGAGUCGACUCGGGAAGCUGCGAAUGGAGCAGAGCGUCGCCACCGUGUUGGAAGGAAGAUUCGCCUCGUACCACGAGAACAAGCGGCAACUCGAACUGUGGCAGAAAAAGCUGGGCUAUCGACUGUUUGAGACCCUCCAGCGCCACUUCCACGACCACGCGCUGCCCAACAUGAUCCCGUCUCGUAUCCGAGUGUCCGAGCUCUCGCUGAUCUUCGAGCAGGUGUCCCGACAGGCAGCUCCCAACAAGCCGCUGGACGUCUAUCUGCAGCAGCACCAGCUCUUCCCGCACCAGACGCUGGUACUCCCUGAAUUUCUGUGCUGUUACUACCAACUCUAUGGAUCCGAGCAUUCUUCGGCUUCUUCGCGCUGGGGUGGGGCCAUUGAGCUACGUCCGAUUGCGUUCGUUGCGUCUUGUCUGUUCUCGAAUGGGGACGUCGUUUGUAAACGCCACGGAGAUCUCGUCCGUCGUCUGUCAGUGGGGAGGACGCAAGCUCAAGUGGAUUUAAUCUUGCGGUUCCGAGAGGCAUUCGAGUCUUUGCUCAGUACUGAAGCGGAGGGUGUCGAUCCUCAUGGAGAGCUGCUACUAGAGACGUCGCAGUUGUCGGCGUUUGCGGCCAAAGUGGCGUCAGAUCCUUCGCUACUGGAGCCAGCUAUGACCACGAUAAGGAAACGAUCCGGUGCAGUCUCGUUAGUGGAAAUAUUCGGCUGCUGCGGGUUUAUCAUCGAUGAAGUCACGUCAGCCCCGACAGUGCGCAACGCUAUUGAGAAGAUGAGGAUGCGCGUGGACUUGCCGGAGGUGCGUCGGAUCAUCGGAUUAGUGCGGAAUAUCUGCGUCAAGAUUCUGCGAUUCCCCAACAACGCCGACUACUGGAGAAUCCGAGCGGAUAGUGCUGCCUUCCAGCAGAAGAUUGGACGCUUUGAUGGUGCCACGAGCCUGUUAGAGGCCGUGGGGUUUGUGGAGCACCAGAAGACGCACUAUGAAUUGAGAGGGGCACGGAAUUCCGAAGGAAAACGCGUCAGCGCACUGGAUAAACCGGUACUUGAUGUGUUACGGGAGAAGUGCGUGCGACUGGAUGGCGAACUUUCUCUCUUUGACGGCGUUGAGAGCAUCAGCUCGAUCCUGCAGCGAGUCUCCCAAGCACGAGAGCGGGAGGGGGGACACUUUUCGCUUGAGGAAUGCCAAUCAGUUUUGAAGAAUUUGUCUUCGUAU